AUGCUAACGUCCAAGCAUGACAUUCAUCCAAAUAAAUACAACGAGCUGCGAAGUAUCUAUAAACACUACAUCGAUUCGCAUAAUGCAUUGUAUCAGCUGAAAACGGAAAAAGAAGAAGAAUUAAAGGAUAUUUACAAAAUGAUCAAAACAGAAUUGAUUGAUUCAAAGAUAUGCCUACCAAAAAAGAUUAUGGAAGACAUUUUAAAUAUCAUUCCGUAUAAUAAUCGCUAUACAAAGUCAUAUUUAUCCCUUGCCAAACUCAUAUCUGAUGAUUAUCAUGUUGAAAAGGUCAAAAAUAUUCCCACGAUUUCUGUGCUCUUGUUUUACAAAGAAUAUGGAAUUAAAUUAGAUAAAUACAAAGAUUUUGAAGAAGAUAAUUCAGAAAAUCUUGAUAUUCAUACAGAAAAUACAAUUUUCAGAGCAAUUAUGAAUAAUGACUUAGAAACAUUUAUCUCAUUUACUGAAAGAGAAGGAUUUAAUAAAGAUCAAAAACCUGAAAGUAGUUUAUAUCCAUAUUCUUUCGAAGGAAAUUCGUUACUUGAAUUUUGUUGUUACCAUGGAGCAGUUGAUUGUUUCAAAUUCCUAAGGACGAAAUUUAACUCAGAAAUAACUCAAGAAUGUCUAGCAUUAUCAUUUUUAGGAGGAAAUGCAGAGAUCAUGAGUGAAUGUUUGAAACAUCAGAAACCAAAUAAAGAAUGCAUGAUUUAUGCAAUUAUUUCACACAACAUUGAUUUUGUUACAUUCUUGAUGAAUGAGCACAAUAUAAAGAUCGAUUUGGACUAUUGUGUACUGUAUAAUAAUCUUGAAUCAUUUUUAAUUUAUUUCGAUCAAACUAAUGAUGUUAAUGCAUGCUUUUUUAAUUCGGCAAUGUUUAAUAUUCCAUCUCUUUGCGAAUAUUUCCUAUCAAAUGGUGCAAAUAUCAAUGAAAAAGAUAAUUAUGGAGAAACCGCUCUUCAUAACGCAGCAGUAUAUAAUAGUAAAGAAACUGCCGAACUUCUUAUUUCACAUGGUGCAAAUAUCAAUGAAAAAGAUGAUUUUGGACAAACCGCUCUUCAUAAAGCAGCAAAAUAUAAUAGUAAAGAAACUGCCGAACUUCUUAUUUCACAUGGCAUAAAUAUCAAUACAAAAGAUAAUGAUGGAAAAACCGCUCUUCAUUAUGCAGCAGGAAAUAAUAGUAAAGAAACUGCCGAACUUCUUAUUUCACAUGGUAUAAAUAUCAAUGAAAAAGAUGAUGGAAAAACCGCUCUUCAUAACGCAGCAGUAUAUAAUAGUAAAGAAACUGCCGAACUUCUUAUUUCACAUGGUGCAAAUAUCAAUGAAAAAGAUGAUUUUGGACAAACCGCUCUUCAUAAAGCAGCAAAAUAUAAUAGUAAAGAAACUGCCGAACUUCUUAUUUCACAUGGUGCAAAUAUCAAUGAAAAAGAUGAUUUUGGACAAACCGCUCUUCAUUUUGCAGAAAAUUGUGCAAUAAUAUAA